AAACAAAUCAAAUUGAAUAUCACGGUGUCGGAAAGGAAACUAGGGUUUCCUAGGCAAGGCUCGGCCUUUUGUCUUAGGUAUUUAUUCGUGACGAUAUCUGAACGUCUCCGGCGAUCCGGCUUCCUGCGCGAUUUCUUCUCCUUGUCAGUCGAUUGUACUUUUCUUCGUGCCAUCUCUUUUCUGUGGGGUCGCGAUGUUCGGGAGGAAGCUUUACAAGACGAAGCUCUGCUUACUGUUCCAGAGGGGUCGGUGCCCUCGACAGAGCUGCAACUUUGCCCAUGGCGAGGCGGAGCUCCGUCGCUUCGGCGGAUCUUUCAGUGGUCGACGUGAUUUUCGAAGUGCGGACUUAAGAGAUAAACUUGAUAGAAGGUAUUCACCUCAUAGAAGGGUCUCUCCUAGCAGAGUUGCAAGGGUUCAACAUCCUUUUCGCUAUCGAAAGCCAAUCUCCCAUGACAGGGGUUCUAGUCUGUCAAGGUCACCCAUUAGGAGAAGUGACAGAAGGCAUAGAAAGAAGCAGCGUACAGAUGGAGGAAGUGAUCAGUCUGAAAGCUUUAAAGCUUCUGAUGAUUCGGAAGUGAGGAAAAAGGGUGGCAAGGAUCCAUCCUAUAAUGAGAAAGAUGAUCUUGAAGAGCAGUUAAAGCAACUUCAGUUGGAUAUUGAGAUGCUUGAUGAUCACAAAUACCAACUUGAGGGCUUGUUGGAUGAGAAAAUAAAUGAAACACACAACCUUUCUACUCGAAUAGAGGAUCUUGAAUCACAACUUCAUAAAGAACAAGAUGAUUGCAAAAGGAUCUCUUCGAAAAUAAAAAGGUUCAUCAAAGCUCAUGGGCGUUACAUAAAAGCACAAGAGGAGCUAAAACGGUCACAGACUCGUCUGCAAAAGAUUGGAGAUCAACUUUUUUCAGACACCUUAAAACUGAAUGCUUAUGAAGAUGAUCCAAGUGUUAAUAUUAUUAGUGAUGGGGAGCAUAAUGUUAAUGGUAAUUCAAGGAAGCGGGAGAUGACUUUCAGAUCUGAGAAAUUACAAAGGUCUGAAGGACCUGCACCCCUGCCAGAAACUACCAUAAAAAAAAUUGAGAUGAUGAAAGCAAUCCAAAAAAGAAACAAAUCAUCAGUAGAAGAUUACAAUCACAAACAUGGAAGAAAUGCUUCUAGCAUUCUAUAUUUGGACAAGGGUAAGGGUUCCGAAGUGCGUCAUACCUUGCCUUUGACUGGUAUGGCUGCUCAUGCUGUAGAUGAACUGUUAGAAGCCAAUGAGUUUGACGAGAAAUCUGAAGCUGCAGAAACUACUGCAAUCAAUGAGAGUGAUGAUGCAAAGCAUUCAACCAAGACUACUCACAUACCUCCACCACCGACGGAUCAAAAUGCAUACAAGCAGUACGAGGGUGAUGAUGAGGAAGUCGACGUCGAAAAGGUGGAUUCGGAAAUGUUGGACAUAGACAUCAAUAGUGAGCUGGAUAUCUAGCAGGUAUGAUAUACUCGGUUGGCGAUGAAGCUGAUGCUGCCUUGCAACUGUCUCAUUACCUUUUUUUUUUUGAGGUUCUGAAGUAGUUUAGCAACUGAAGUAAUAUGUUAUCCUCCGACUUGUGUAAUAGUGUUGAAUGUUGUAUUUUUUUGUUCCCUCCUGAGAUGUCAUAAUGUCCGAUAUUUAUGAAAUUAUAACACACUAACUGUUUUGCAUUUCAAGCAAGAUUUAACAAAGCAGAUGACUUCUUGAUCUGAAC